AUGAAUAAAAAGGAUARUGUCGGUGAGUUUUAUCUCGACGACCUGUCAGAUUGUCUUGACUGCUGUUCAGCAAGUAGUACUGAUGACGAAAGUGAUAGCAGUAGUAUAGCAAUUCGAAAGCGACGUCCUGUACCGSUAAUAUACAGUGAUUCAGAAGACGAGGGCAUAARUGAUAAUGUUGAAGACAACARUGGUACAUGGUCAACGAACGACAAWAAUAUAAUUUUGGAACCUWUCGAAGGCAGCYCUGGCGUAAAAAUUAUSCCAAGUUCCUCUAAAAGCGUUAUAGAUAUUGCGAAUUUAUUCAUUGGAAGUGACCUGAUUGAGCACUUCGUGAGGGAGUCUAAUAGGUAUCAUUAUCAAAUUGUAGMAAAAUAUAGAAUUACAUCCAAAACGAAAAAAUGGAAAGACGUCACGGUGACWGAAAUGAAGAWAUUUUUGGGCCUGAUCGUUCUCAUGGGACAAGUAAARAAGGACGUUCUCUACGAUUAUUGGUCUACAGACCAAUCCAUAGAAACGCCGUUUUUCUCGAARGUUAUGAGCAGAAACAGAUUUUUACAAAUAAUGCAAAGUUGGCAUUUUUGUAACAACAACGAUAUUUCUCCCAAUUUGCAUAGGCUGGUGAAGGUCCAGCCUGUCAUCGAUUAUUUCAAAGAAAAAUUUAACAACGUAUAUAAACCCGAUCAACAAUUGUCUCUAGAUGAAUGUUUAAUUCCGUGGAGAGAUAGACUAUCAAUCAGAACAUACAAUCCCGCAAAGACCACUAAAUACGGAAUACUGAUAAGAGUGCUGUCUGAAGCUCGUACAGGAUACGUAUCCAACUUUUGUGUGUAUGCCGCUGAUGGAAAAAUAUUAGAAGAGACUGUAUUAUCGGUCGUUGGACCGUACAAGAACAUGUGGCACCAUAUAYACCAGGAUAAUUACUAUAAUAGUGUCAACAUGGCUAAAAUUUUUUUUAAAAAUAAAUUGUGA